AGAGGAGGGUCUUCAUCAAAACUGAUUUCCGUUGUAUGUUUGACAGUCAGUGACGAUUGACGGGAAUCCAUCAGCUCAGUGGCCGUUGAUGGACAAUCCCUAUGAAGAAACAGGGUUACAAUGGGAAGUACCUCGGAACAAGAGGUCCCGGGAGAGGACGGGUUUAGAAACAUCAAGACAUUUGUGGAGGAGGAACUACAGACGAGCAUGAUGGUGGGGAUGGUGAUUGGCGCGGGCAUCGCCAUAGUCCUCAUCGCCAUUCUCAUCUUCUUCAUCUUGCGGAGGAUCCAGCUUCGAAACCUUGAAGCGCAGGAGGCCCCCAAAUACCGCUUUCGCAAGAGGGACAAGGUCAUGUUCUACGGGCGAAAGAUCAUGCGUAAAGUUUCCCAACAGGUCUCGCAGUCUACCUCUUCCCUGGUGGGUACAUCCUCUUCCUCUCGACCACGCCUCAAGAAGAAGCAGAAGAUGCUCAACAUUGCCAAAAAAAUCCUGCGCUUUAAAAAGGAGGUGCCCAUCCUGCAGGCCAAGGAGCCCCCUCCCUCAGUGCUGGAGGCUGAUCUCACUGAGUUUGAUGUGGCCAACUCCCACCUCCCCUCCGAGGUGCUCUACAUGCUCAAAAAUGUCCGUGUGCUGGGUCACUUUGAGAAGCCCCUCUUCCUGGAGCUGUGUAAACACAUGGUGUUCGUGCAGUUUCAACAAGGGGAGUACGUCUUCAGGCCGGGCCAGCCUGACAGCAGCAUCUACGUGGUUCAGGAUGGAAAACUAGAACUGUGCCUUACUGGAACGGAUGGCAAAGAAAGUGUUGUGAAGGAGGUUUACCCAGGCGACAGUGUCCACAGCCUCCUCAGCAUCCUGGAUGUCAUCACAGGCCACCAGAAGCCUUAUAGAACGGUGUCGGCACGGGCUGCGGAGGUUUCCACUGUUCUCCGUUUACCUGUAGAAGCCUUCCUCUCUAUAUUUGAGAAGUACCCUGAGAGCCUGGUGCGGGUAGUGCAGAUUAUCAUGGUUCGUCUCCAAAGAGUAACGGUCCUAGCCCUGCACAACUAUCUGGGGCUCACCAAUGAGCUCUUCAGCCAUGAAAUGCAGCCCUCGCGUCUGCCACCUCCGUCUCCCCACCCGACUCGCACCAGUCCCAUCCGUCACGGCAAGCGCUUUGGCAGCCUGACAGUGUCUGAGGAGCACCGGGAAGCUGCCAUUAAGGGUGAAGCUACAGGAGGGGAACAAGGGAAGGAUGGAACAGUACCAACUCUUAGCAGGACAAUCUCCAUGCCUGUGGACAUUGCUUGUAUGCAGAAGAGUCUGAGAUCAGACUUUGACAUGGCAUAUGAAAGGGGACGGAUCUCUGUUUCUGCAGAGGACGGCAACACGCCUCCUAUUUUCACUCGGUCUGUAUCGCAGGACCAGCGGGAGAGGAGGGUGACAGUAGAGGAGGUUCCCUCAGGGAUCUAUCUGUAUCCAGAGGAAGAGUCAGGAGUGGACAAUAUGUUUACACCUGUAUCCUGUCGAUCUAGCACUGCUCUGUUUGAGGAAGCUCAGAAAGAGAUCCUCAAACUCAUGAAGAUUGAGGACCCAUCCUUGUUAAACGGGAGAGUGACUCUGCACCAUGCAAAAGCUGGAGCCGUCUUAGCCAAACAAGGAGACCAGGACGUGAGUCUGCACUUUGUCCUGUCUGGCUGUCUCCAUGUCUACCAGCGGAUGAUUAACAAGCAGGAAGACGUCUGCUUGUUUGUGACCCACCCAGGGGAGAUGGUGGGCCAACUCGCUGUGCUCACCGGAGAGCCCCUCAUCUUCACCAUCAAAGCCAACCGAGACUGUACUUACCUCAAGAUCUCAAAGUCAGAUUUCUAUGAAAUCAUGAGGGAGCAGCCCAGUGUGGUGCUGAGUGCGGCUCACACGGUGGCCAUACGCAUGUCGGCUUUUGUCAGGCAGAUGGACUUUGCCAUUGACUGGAUGGCUGUUGAGGCCGGCAGAGCCCUCUACAGACAGGACGACCAGUCAGACUGCACCUACAUUGUUCUGAAUGGACGUCUGCGUUCAGUCAUCCGCAAGACAAAUGGCAAGAAAGAACUAGUUGGGGAAUAUGGCAGAGGAGACCUCAUCGGAGUGGUGGAGGCCUUGACCAAACAGCCAAGAGCCACCACCGUCCACGCUGUGAGAGACACAGAGCUGGUCAAACUGCCAGAGGGAACACUCAACAACAUCAAGAGACGAUAUCCCCAGGUGGUGACAAGGUUGAUCCACUUGUUAGGCCAGAAGAUUCUGGGGAACCUUCAGCAGGGUCGAGGGCCAUUCUCAGGUUCAGCCCUGAGUCUACCCAGUAUGACAACCAGUGCCGAUGUCACCAACCCCGCCAGCAACCUCUCCACUGUGGCUGUCCUGCCUGUGUGUGAUGAGGUGCCAAUUAAUGCAUUCAACCUGGAGCUGAGUCAUGCCCUCAGUGCCAUUGGGCCCACUCUGCUAUUAACCAGUGAAAUAAUCAGAGAGCGACUGGGUGCUUCUGCAUUGGACAGUAUCCACGAGUACCGUCUCUCCGGCUGGCUGGCCCAGCAGGAGGACAUCAAUCGGAUUGUCCUGUAUCAGACUGACAACAGUAUGACCCCCUGGACUCAGCGCUGCAUCCGCCAGGCGGAUUGCAUCCUGAUCGUCGGCCUGGGCGACCAGGAACCAACCCUGGGAGAGUUGGAGCAGAUGCUGGAGAACACAGCAGUCCGGGCUCUGAAGCAGCUGAUCCUUCUGCACAAAGAGGAUGGGCCGGGCCCCUCCAGGACGGUCGAGUGGCUCAAUAUGCGUAGCUGGUGCUCAGGGCAUCUGCACCUCAAGUGUCCCCGCAGGGUCUUCUCCAGACGCAGCCCCAGCAAACUAAGGGAGGUAUAUGAAAAGGUGUUUGAGAAAACGGCAGACAGGCACAGUGAUUUCUCUCGGCUGGCCCGAGUCCUGACCGGAAACAGCAUUGCCCUGGUGCUGGGAGGGGGUGGAGCCAGAGGCUGCUCUCAUGUGGGUGUGAUCAAAGCUAUGGAGGAAGCGGGGAUUCCUAUUGACAUAGUUGGAGGGACCUCGAUUGGCUCAUUCAUUGGUGCACUGUAUGCUGAGGAGAGGAGUGCUGUCAGAACCAAACAGAGAGCCAGAGAGUGGUCCAAGGCAAUGAACUCUGUAUUUAAAACAGUCCUAGACCUGACCUAUCCCAUCACCUCCAUGUUCUCUGGUUCUGCCUUCAACACCAGCAUCUAUAAAGUGUUCCAGGACAAGCAAGCUGAGGACUUGUGGCUGCCAUACUUCAAUGUCACCACUGACAUCACGGCCUCAGCCAUGCGCGUUCACCAGGAUGGUUGCGUCUGGCGCUAUGUUAGAGCCAGCGCGUCCUACACCCCCUAUUUACCUCCCCUGUGCGACCCCAAGGAUGGCCACUUGCUUGUGGAUGGUUGCUAUGUUAACAAUGUCCCAGGCUCUCUGUGGCGUUAUGUGCGAGCGAGCAUGACCCUCUCGGGGUAUCUGCCGCCUCUCUGCGACCCCAAAGAUGGCAACUUGCUAAUGGACGGUGGCUACAUCAACAAUCUGCCAGCGGACAUUGCAAGGAACAUGGGUGCCAGAACAGUCAUUGCCAUUGACGUGGGUAGCCAAGACGAGACCGACCUCUGUAACUAUGGCGACUGCCUGUCUGGCUGGUGGCUGCUGUGGAAACGGAUCAAUCCCUGGGCAGAGAAAGUAAAGGUGCCAGACAUGGCAGAGAUCCAGUCUCGGUUGGCCUAUGUGUCUUGUGUGCGGCAAUUAGAGCUGGUGAAGAAGAGUGCAUACUGCGAGUACAUCAGACCACCCAUCGACCGCUUCAAGACCAUGGACUUUGGCAAGUUCGACGAAAUCUAUGAUGUGGGCUUCCAGCACGGCAAGUUGGUGUUUACUGGCUGGGCUCGAGGUGACAUUAUCCAAAACAUGCUGAAGGACCACCGCUCAGCCGACUACAACAACAGCAAGAGAACUGACUCCUGCACGUGUCCAGCAGCUGACUUCACUGACCUUGCAGAGAUUGUAUCCAGGAUAGAGCCGGUCCAAACCUACGUAGCUGCAGAAGAGGAGUCGGACUGUCUGACAGAGUACGAGGAAGACGGGAUGGACACAGUGAGAGAGGAGGAGGGGGAGGAAGAGGAGGAGGACGCAGAGGACCCUGAGGACCACUCCCCUGGAGAGUGGGGCCAGAAUGGAGUUUUUCAGACAGAUGAGGAGAAAUCUGUGAGACAACGCCGGAAACUCACCAGUGACUCCAACACCUCUGAAGUCUCUGACUGCUGACAGAGGGCCACGGAGGAGUAGACGGAGUUUAAACAAGAACAAGGGCCAAAUUGCGGGUCCAUAAACAGUCAAGGCUAGAGACGUGGACGUCACACUCGGCUCUUGUGAAACUCUGAAAUACUGUUUUUGCUUUUCUGGAUGAAAUCACUGUUCAUCCUCUAAAUUGUUGAACCUCCUUUGCAUCAAGUGGCUUUCUUCUCGCUCCCACUCUGGCUUCAUCUGUUCACAUUAUGACCCACUGUCAAAAAUGAAACGGUGUCCCUCAUCAGUUUUACCAAACUGACCCAUUGCCUGAAUCCCUGCCUGCUAACUCCCAAACCUGCCAAAACGAGGGGGACC